UAAACAAACAUGGCGGCUGAGGUAAUAACAUCGAAGCUUGUAUGUGUUUUUCUUCGUCUCUCUUGUUGACGCCGUUCGAUUUUUAUGGUUUAACACUUUUUAAAACCGUAUUCCUUAGCUGAGGAAACGAUUCCGGAUCGUUCUAUGAUCGGAUAGAAGAAAACUACAACGAGGAAAUGAAACGGAAGUGUGCGUCUCCCGUUUGAAACAAAACAUCCGCCUCUAGUAACGCGUGUGUAUGUUUUGGGAGCUCGUCGUGUUCGCCGAGCAAAUGGAUAGAACAUGAAAAAGAAGGCAUCUUGUGGUGAAACGAAGCGGGCAAUGGCUGAUGGUUUCGGUUAACGCACCGGACGAUCUGCCGGCCUGAACAAGAUGUAACACCCGAGUGUCUCGGUUCGUAAACAGACUUUACUGCGGAGACAAGCUGAGGGAGCCGGGGAGGGCAGCAUGGGUCUGGUGAACUUUGUCCUCUCCACGGUUGGAAAAUGUCUGGACGCCGUCUGUCUCCUCCUGGACCUGAACUUCGUCGUCGUCCACACCGUGGUGCGGACCCUGCUGGCGGUGGUCACCUUCAUCACCAGCCUGCCCACCCUCCUCCUCACCUCAGUGCUGGAGCUGGCCAACUUCCUGGUGUUUUGCCUGGUGUCCGCGGCGGAGGCGACCACCAACGUGGCCCAGGGCACCGUCACCAUGCUGGGGAGCCUGGUGCUGGCCCUAGAGGGGCUGCUGGAGAGCCUGAAGAUGGUGGGCUACCUGUCCAUGCACGUCCUCCUCCGCGGGAAGGAGCACCUGUGUCGGGGUGUGCUGUCCAUGCUGGAGGGCUGCGGCAUCGCGGUGAGCCUGGUGGUCUAUUUCACCAACACCGUGGUGAACUACGCGCUCAUCGCCACUCAGAACGUGUACCUGGCUGUGGCAGGGGUUUGGCACACGGUCUCCAGCCCGCUGCAGAAGGUGCUGGAGCUGACGCUGACCUCCCUCACCUUUCUGUACAGCAGCCUGGCUGGGACCUCUGCGUUCCUGUGGUCGCCCUGCAAGCUGGUGUUGGACUUUCUGGUUUCACUGGUGCACAUGUUCGUCAGCAUCUUCAUACUGAACAUCUACGGCCUCCUGCUCACCGUCACCAUCGCUCUGACGACCACGGCCUACCUGAACCCGCGGCUGACCCGACAGGCUGCGGCACAGACUCUGGAUUACAUGAACUCUUUUCGUGGUCUGCGCAGACUGCAUUUCGCUCUCCGCCGCCUUGCCUCAGCCACGCAGGGCCUCCCACAUCUGCUGCGUGGUAACAUGCGGCGUCUGCGAAGGAUUCUCCACCACCUCUACCUGCUGGAGACACGACUCUGGCAGCAGCUGUCUCGACACAGCAGCCAAAUAGGCCUUGCGCUGAGGACACACCUCCACAGGGACCACGACAACAGAGUGCGGGGGGACGGCAACCCCGAGGAGGAGCGGCGGGGCCCGCCAGACGGAAGAGCGGGGGACGGGGCCCACCGAGAGAUGUUGGAUCUGGUGUUCCCCUCCUCCAGCACAGACAGGCCACUGAAGAAGGUGGCGUCUCCAGACAGAGGCAGCAAACCUCUGCCUGCUGACAACCUGCUGACUCUGCUGAAGGAGCAGGAGGACAGGAAGAAGUGUGUGAUCUGUCAGGACUGCACCAAGACGGUGGUGCUGCUGCCGUGCAGACACCUGUGCCUGUGUAGAGGCUGUACAGACAUCCUGCUGAGGCAGCCCAUCUACCAACAGAACUGUCCGCUGUGUCGCCGGAUGAUCCUCAACACUAUGGACGUCUAUCUAUGAGGGACCAGGGGGAUCUAAAGGCUCCUGACAAUCAGUAUCUAUACUUACACGUUCUAACACCACUGAAAUGAUGUUGUAUGACCUUUGUUUUACUGGGUUUCCUUUUAAUAUACAUAUGGUGAUAUUCUAACUAAAAAAUAUCAUUCUGUCAAUAUAUCCCAUAAGCAAGACAAUGAAUCUUCGCAGAGAGCUCAUACAUAUAUUGUUUUUGAUGUUAUAAAAACUCUUGGCCCUGUGGUUUUUGGGGAAUUGGGUAAAGAAAAUACUUGUUAGUGGAUCAAUUAGACAAAAAGCUCUGGAUUAAUUGGGAUUUACUGGUAAUAAAAAAUAGAGAAUAUCCGCAGACAUAUCUCCUAAAAUCUGGUUUCAGAUCUGUGUGGUCAUUUCAGAGGAGAAAUACUUAAGUAAAGAUGUGAACCGGAAAUUAUAUUAUACUAACUAAAGUAAGUAUUAUGUAAGCUUUAGAUGAUAAAUGCCACAACAAAAUAGAGACAUGGGUUGCGGUGUAAUUAUUUCCAUUGUCGAUGAAACUGCUGAUCCUUUUCCAUUAAUCACUAAAAUGUAUGAAACAUCAAAAAAUAUUUAAAAACAAAACUUUCCAGAGCUCAAAGCAAUGUCCCCAAAACCUGUUUGUGGACUGUUGAUUUAUGCAAAAAAAAAAACAAUGAUUUGUAAUUUUUUGGUGAAGCUGAAAUCAGCGAAUAUUUGGGGGGGAAAUCUGAUCAAGUUAAUCCACUAGCAACAUAUCUGCAGCCUAAUUUUAUUUAUGUUAAGUGAUUAAUUGAUAAAACGUUGUGGCUCUGAAAGAGGCUGCAAAGUGUUUUUUUUUUCUAAAUUGAAUGGGACUGUUUCACCACUAUUUUCUUUCCUGCUACUUGUGCAUGUGGGAUAAUAAACUGGGUUUUGUACUUGUACUGUUUGUUUCAAAUAUAUGUAAUUUGGUUGCUUUAAGUGUGAACGCUUCCUGUAAUCUGGACGUGCGUCACAGCUACAGUCUGUGUUUUGCCAUUGGGAUGAACCCACUCACAAAUGAUCCUGUGUUGCCGCGCUGCGUCUCAGGUCUUGUAGUCACGGUAACCCAUAAGUGCCCCCCCACCAUGCUGAAAUGUCUACCGCUGCUCCUGUCUUAAAAAAUUUGCUUUUAAUAGACCAAGCUGCGAAUACAAACCCAUGCAUGAGUGAUUACACACACGCUGUAUCUUUAACAGUAUAUUCAAGGUUUUCUGGAUUUGGGGAAAGUCAUUUAUAAUUGUUCAGUCAGUGACAGUAAAAUACAGCUUUAUACGAUUUAGGUUCUAUUGAUAGAGCUUAUUCCGGUCCUGCAUCAGAGGCCGGUUACAGUCACCACCCAUACAUGAUCCAUAAAAGCUUUUCUCUCUCCUCUUGUAUAAAAGGACCAUAAACUAAUAAGCAUUCACAAUUUCAUUUGUUUUCUCAUCUGUAGCUGUUGAAGCUGACGUGUUGUCAUUGAUCGGUGUUUAAAGGGCGAUGGUGCCACUUAAUGUGUUAUCAUUGAUGGCGGGUGGUCUGGAGUCAGAUUUGUGGGACAAGUGCUGUUUGUAACAUGCCCUCAUUUGCUUUUUUGAACGUUUUUUUUUUUUUUUUUAUAAUAAUUUGUACGAUUAGAAGAAAUGUGAUUUCUGCAUUGUUUCUGUGACGGGAGCCAUGUCAUACAUUUUACUGGCAUUCCUAUGUUUCCUUAGUACCUGACACAGAUAUCAUUAAUGAGAGUGACUGAGUGUUUGAUGAGGUUGCAAAAGAUUCGUGGGGACCAGACUGAAGUCAGAUCUCUCUCAGGUAUUCCUAUAAUGCCACUGUACAGCGUUCCCUAACUAAAGAUUGCAGUGGAGUGAAACCGCUCACAUGACCAUCAUCUGCUGCUUCCUGCAGGAGUGAUGACACAGUGCGGGACGAUGCGAUUUGAAGAAUGUAAUUUGUGUGGUUUUUUUUAUUGCUGUGGCUGCCACAUAGUGAGAAGUCAUAUGUUCAUAAUAAAACAACAGUCAAGACUG